AUGAUAAGAAUAUUCUUUCUCUCUUUUUUUUGUUUAAAAGUUACAAAGUAUAAAAGCAUAACGGACGAUGACGACGAGAAGAAGUUGUUACACUUCCUAUUUGAUAACUAUGACCCAGAAAUCCAUCCUGUUCUCAAGAAAACAGAUACAGUUGAAGUAAAGUUCGGCGUCUCGCUCCAUCAGAUCAUUGAAGUGGUAAGUCCAAAAUGGUUCUUAUGGAAGCUGAAGGGAUAAGGUUACUAAUGGAGCACAUUUCGCUGCUCUAGGGUCAUUUAUACUUUUUAUUGCUGCAGUGCUUGCUUCAAAAUCAACCAAGCAAGGAACUUGGUUCUAAAUUAUAGAGAGAUACCGGACGCGUCUCGCCUGUGUCACUCAUUUGGGAUGAUUUCAAUCUUUUCGAGCACAACAGGCUUGCUUUGGAAUGCAUACUAACCUCAUAAAUGCACUAGUAAAGGUCAAUUUGACCCACGGUCAUUUAUCUUAAUCAAUUAAAACACGAAAGAGGACCCUUGUAAGUUCUUAAUUAAAAAAAAAGGUCAUACUUUUUGCUAAAUUUACUAAUAAAUUUAAAUGGCUAUUAAAAAUCACUAUGUAUAAAAUUAACAAGGUUCUCUACGUAUGAAAUAUGAAAACAAUGUUAAAAAGUAAAUUAAAACAAUUCACACAAAGAGCCGAAGAGCUUGGCUUUAAACAAGUGAAAAUACUGAAAUGGCUGCCACCUUCAAAAGCCACUUUCUAUUAAUUAUAUCUUCGACAUAGUACCAUUACUAUGACUAUGAAACAAAAUUGAAAGUUAGAUCGAAAUAUGAAUUGUAGCUGGCGAUUUGGAACAGAUAAACGAACAGACGAAUUGAAAAUUGAUCGGACGACAAACAAGGGAGAAAAUGUUGUCACUUUGGAUCACGAAGCCGGCGAGGAAGAGAUUUUCAUUAUCAAUCUGUUACAUCAGGCAUGCAUGACAGGCUCAAAAUUUCAACUCCUUCAGACAAUGCAUACUUCCAUAACUUACGAUCAAAACUGCCGUGUAAAUGCAAAUUUUCACUUAUAAAUGAUUGAUGUAACUCAUUUCUUUCCUCAAAAUAGUGGGAAGAGAGCCUAUGAUCUAGGCGUCCUCGAAUUUUCGAAAUAGCUGAGGGAGACAAUUAGUUAAUUCAUAUCUUUAUCACCGCAUUAUAAUUGCAUAACGGCAUUUUUCUUUCAGGAUUUCAAAAAUCAAAUCGUCAAAAGUAGUGUUUGGAUAAGACAGGUAUUCAAAUUUCACCAACUUUCAAUAAAACUCCACUUUGAUUCAUUUAAUGCAGUUACGAUUGUACUGCAAACGUAGCAAAAGAAUUUCAUGGAUGUGAGUUCUGCCAGCGAGCUACAGUUACACAAAAAUGCUCGGAAAUUCAAACGUUUUAAAAAUUGUCAACACAGAAUACGCUGUAAAUGUGCAUGUUGUCCUUUCCAUGUGAUCUAUUUAGACUCAAGUUAAAGGUAAACACUUUUAGAUAUGAUAUCCAUUUCCUAUGGGGCUUAUUUAAUAAUUGUUGUAGAUCAGUAGUUAAUUAUACCCUCCGCUUCGUCAUUUGCCGUUGUUUUGUGUUGUUUCAUCGCUACUGAACUUAUUUAAGAUUUUUCAAUUCGUUUUUUUAGGCAUGGAAUAACCCGUUCUUAACGUGGAAUAGUUCAAACUUUGGUGGUAUAAAAACUAUUAAUGUGCAUCAGUCAAAACUCUGGAAGCCUGACAUAUUCUUGUAUAACAAGUGAGUAUGGAUCUUAACGCUCGGUACAUUUACAUGCUUGUACCCUCUGCUUUAUUACAGUGUUUCUAAAGUUUGCUGUCAUUCAAAAUUCUUCAGCAAUCGCGACCGCUUAGAGAGCUGUCUAAAGUUGCCUCCAGAGACGAGUAGAAUCCCAUAAGAGUUAUUUGCACUUUAGUACUGACUCUGUGCAUAUAUUGGUUUACUUUGCUUUACCAUUUGAUUGGUCUGAAAACUCAAGCCACCCCCUUGAUGUAACUCCUGUGCGCUUUCCUGCUUCAGACCGUUUAGAUGUAAAUACUUUCAGUUCUAAUAAGUUCCCAACGAUAUUUUUUCCAAGCUCUGAUUGGUUUUUGUGGUUAUUUUUUUUUGGGGGGUUUGUGGGCCUUAAUCCCAAUGCAAGGGGAUGGUAGCUGUCACCAUUGGUUAGAACUGGCAAGCCACGUGGGCCAAUUCGUAGGAUAAAAUCGGCCAUUGCUCGGAAUCGUUCAGAAAAUUUAGUCAUUUUCUAAAUCAAAAUCUAUGAUAAACAUUUAAGCUGAAAUCAAUUUAAAUUCCCGCUAAGAAAAGCCUAUUUUCUGCUUUAACUUGACUAGCUUAGCCAGUUACUUUCUAGUAAUACUGAGGGACACUUCCGUCGACAGCUGCUGAAAAAAAAAAGUAAUUUCCACGAAUGUACGUUUUUUGUCGUGUUCAUUAUACAGUGUAGAUGACUCUGACGAUGGGGCUCUGGAUCGUUUCAAGACUAAACUUGUCUUAAGCUCAAAUGGAGACAUUAUGUGGAUGGCGCCAAAAAUCCUGACAAGCUCCUGUAAAUUUGACGUUACUUACUUUCCUUUUGACAAACAGGUAAACCGACACGUGUAAGAAAAGAAAUAGCCACUGCAAGUGAAACUGUGAUUUGUCAUUGUUUGAGUUCAUUCUAUCUGAAUAUUCAGUUCGUCUCCAGAUACCAUUGGUGAGACUAUCAGGCUUACAGGGAAUUAAUUACUCUGAUCGUAAUCAUUUAUUAUUUGGUGGACUGUUUGAGCUGAUGUAACGGUGAUAUCAAAGGAAAGAAAGAAACUUAUAACGUAUCUAAUUACCGUCAUCGUAACUCCAGCAAGUGACAUUUGUUAUUGUGGAGUAAGCUGUUUGAAACUAUCAAACAGAACUUGAAAUACAAAAAAAACAAUAAUUGGCUAAUAACAAUGUUGUUUUCGUAGACCUGUAAAAUGAAGUUCGGUUCAUGGACAUAUGACGGUCUUCGACUUGACCUUAUCCCAGAAGGAGGAAAGAACAUGUGUGAUGGAGACAUUAAAAAGUUCAUCAGACACGGAGAAUGGGACCUGCUAAGCAUGCCUUGCAGUCGUAACGAACUUGUUUACGCCUGUUGUCCAGAGCCUUAUCCGGACGUUACUUACACCAUGACGUUGAGAAGACGACAUAUGUUUUAUUUCGUUAAUAUGAUCGCCCCCUGCUUUCUUAUAUCAGGUAAGUGGUUGCCUCGGUUCUGAAGUUGUGUCAUGGGAACUGAGAGAUUAUGUCAUAGGAUAAGAUUAUUUAUCAUAGAAACUACGGUUUUAUACAAGGAUUUCCAGCCCGGAGAAGAGCCGUUACAACACACAUGAAAAAAAGACGAUGUUUUUUCGCAAAUCAGCUGCUGACACGUCAUUCGCCUCUCGCGUCACUUGGUCAGGUUGAUGAAUGAACGGCAAAGUCUUCACCAUUCUCAAUCCAAGGUCCUUUGUCGGAAUUUUUCGGAUUAUGGCUGCUAAAACACUGAAAAAUCCGUAUCGCUCGCAGACAGUGACGUUCAAACUUAAAAAUAUGAAAAGAAAAACCGAAAGUUACAUAUCCAUUAGCUUUGGUAAUGGCAUUUCUCGCGACUGAGAACGAAAAUCGACAGCUGGAAGAUUUGCUUCAGGCCGGAAAGGAGGGAAAGGACUUCAGAUUUUGUUAUUUACAAAGGGUUAAAAAAAAUGGCAGAACAAAGAAAAAUUGAUUGAUUAGAAUUAGACGUUGGCCAACGCAUUUGAAUUGUUAACUAAAAGGGAGGUAUCGAGAUUGCCUGGAAAUCAGAGGCCAAUUACAACGCAAGUCUCAAAGGGGCUGAAACUCUUACUAUGUCGACCUUUAGGGAAUGUUUAAAAUGUUUUUGUUAAACAUGGCAACCUUUGUAUUACUUUUCAGCGCUGACCCUGUUGUCUUUCUAUCUUCCUCCUGAGUCCGGCGAGCGUCUCACACUCGUUAUUACAAAUCUCCUGGCCUUGACAGUUUUCAUGUUGUUAGUAGUAGAGAUUAUACCAGCGACCUCUGAGACUGUACCUCUAAUCUCUGUUUACUUUUAUGGCAGUGUUUUUGAGGUAAGCUAAAACUCAUUCAAACUUUUGACCAAUCCUGGUUUGGGAGCGAUCAUCUCCGCUGUGUAUGCUUUCAGGUGUAAUUCCAGCUAUCAAAAUUAACUAAAUAUCCAUCGGAUCAUUUAGUGUCGAGUGGAAUCUGGGACUGGAAUUUUCUUUUUUGUGUUCUACGAUUGGUCGCCCUAGCAAACUUUUUAACAAAUCAGUUGAAAAAGCGAACCACAUCAAAUCGUGUUCUGGUCAUUGGUGAUUUCCCGAGCUUGAAAGAGUUUGUAUGCAUUUGUGAUAUUAUCCGCUUUUCAGUCCGUUCAUUUUCAUUUCUUUGCUUUUUCUUUCCUCAUUUUGCUAUUUUCAUCAGCCGGCAUUCUUACAAAAUGAGUCGUUGAUGUCAUGUUAUUCAUUUUCAUUAUGUUUUUUAGGUGGCUUUGGCUCUCGUUGCAACGUGCCUCGUCUUGAGGUGCUAUUUCAACAACCCCUCACAUACACCCGUUCCGAACUGGGUGCGUCACAUAGUGUUGGGUUGGAUGGCUCGACUUACUAAGGUACCUGUCAAGAAAAUCCUGGAUGGUAUUGAUCCUAAAGAAUCCUCAAAGAAAGACCCAAAGCAAGAUGAGAACGAUAUCUCAGAACCUGGAAAUGUUGUUCAAGGGAAGAUUCCAAACACCUCGCGUCGUAAUUCAUCACGUGAUCACCUGUCACACAUUUCACCCAAUCUACCUGGCGAUAUACAGCCAAGACUAAACCUUUUACCGUCAAUUCAGCGAGCUAGAAACGCGAAUCGUUUAAGCAUGCCCCACUUUUACGAUGGUAUUCAAGUCGGCGGUGCCAUGAAUGAUCUGAUUAGCAGUCACGCUGCCUCGAGGCACAAUCUUCUGGACAUCGCGCCGCCAUCGCAUUCUAAGCAUGUGAAGUCAGCAGACGACGUUAGAGGUACUGCUGAUGGCGUGACAAGACAGCUGUUAGAGACUCAGACAAAUCUCGCCAAAGAUGUAGCCGAGGUAGUGCGAUAUAUUCAAGACCAGGAGAUGAGCGACCUAAUGAAGGAGGAAUGGCAACUAAUAGCUAUUAUCAUUGACAAAUUUUUCCUCUGGUUGUUUUUGUUCAUUCUGUGUGUUUCUACGGUAAUCAUCUUCAUGCAAGCUCCAAGCUACGCGUGGUCUUAG